AUGUUAAAUUAUUACAUUCCAGGAGAUUAUCUGAUUAGUGGAAUCAUAUCUACAUCCAGUUCUGUAGUUCAACCAUAUAGUUUCUUCAUGCCUCCCACCAACAAAUUUGUAAGUAAGUUUGUGAGUUUUGUUCAUAUCCUACCCUUUGUCUUUGCCAUUCAUGAGAUCAACCAGAAUCCAAGGCUCUUACCAAACAUCACCCUGGGCUACAACAUUUAUGAGAUACUUUUCAAUGCAAGGAUAACAUAUGAUUCCAUUAUGGAUUUGCUAUCCAUGGGACAGGAGAAUGUCCCAAACUACAGUUGUGGAAGACCAAAAAAUCUGUUGGCUGUGCUUGAAGGGACUGAUUCUGAUCUCUUCAGUCAUCUUUCAGGCAUGCUGAGCAUCUACAAAAUGCCUCAGCUUCAUCCUUUCCUAAGAAACUUUCAGCUUUACAAUCUGUCCGUGGAUAAUAUUUAUUUGGAUGAGGAUGGAAAUCCUGUUGCUAACUUGGAUAUCAUAAACUGGGCAAUGUUUCCCAACAAGUCUACUGUUGGAGUGAAAAUUGGGAAUAUACAAAGAGAGGCCUCUUCAGAAGUUAAGAUCUCCAUCAAUCAGAGUGCCAUCAAAUGGCCAACAUCAUUUAACCAGAAGGCACCUUUUUCUAGGUGUACUGAAAGUUGUCUCCCAGGAUACAGCAAGGUGAUGAGAGAGGGAGCACCGAUUUGCUGCUAUGACUGCUCUCCAUGCAUUGAAGGAACAAUUUCCAGACAGGAAGAUGGAGCCCACUGUGAAAAAUGUCCAGAUGAGCAGCAUUCCAAUAAGAAUGGAGAUCAAUGUGUCCCCAAGGUUUUUAGUUUCUUGUCUUAUCAAGAAACAUUAGGUUUCAGUCUGGCUCUGAUUGCCUCUUUUUUGUCUUUUACCACUGCCUUUGUCCUGGGAAUCUUUAUUAAAAACCGAGAAACUCCUAUAGUCAGAGCCAACAACCGGGACAUCACAUAUAUUCUUUUAGUCUCUCUUCUUCUGUCCUUCUUAACCUCCCUUCUAUUCAUUGGUCACCCCAAGAAAGUGACCUGUCUCCUUCAACAAACCGCCUUCAGUGUUGUCUUUUCAAUGGCAGUGUCUUCUUUGCUAGCAAAGACUGUCAUGGUGGUGGUAGCAUUUCUGGCCACAAUGCCAGCCAGCAGGAUGAGGAAAUGGCUGGGGAAAAGUCUUCCCAAUUCGAUUGUCUUAUUUUACACUGGUACUCAGAUUGGUAUAUGUAUCAUAUGGCUGGGAAUCUCUCCUCCCUUCCCAGAUUCUGAUCUGCAUUCCCAACCAGGACAGAUUCUUCUAAAAUGCAAUGAAGGAUCUGUCACCAUGUUCUAUACCACACUGGGCUACCUGGGCUUUUUGGCUACCAUCUGCUUCUUAGUGGCUUUCCUAGCCCGAAAACUGCCGGGGACUUUCAACGAAGCCAAGUGGAUCACCUUCAGCAUGUUGGUUUUCUGCAGUGUUUGGAUCUCCUUUGUCCCCACCUACCUGAGCACUAAAGGAAAAUAUAUGGUGGCUGUGCAGAUUUUUUCCAUCCUGGCCUCCAGCUUAGGUUUACUGGUCUGCAUUUUUGUUCCCAAAUGCUACAUCAUUAUUCUGAACCCUCACAUGAAUACCAAGCAGCACUUAAGGAUGAAAAACUUUGAGAGGUAUUGA